AUGCCCAUGACUUGGAAUGAAACAAAUGACGCCAAACUCCUAGUCGGCAUCUUAACCACCACAAACGUGAAAAUUGAUAUGCACGCCUUGGCCAACUUCAUGGGUCCCGGCUGCACCGUCUCCGCCGUCCAACACCGCAUCCAGCGUCUCAAGGACAAAGUUUCUACCUCUACUCCCGGGGGCACUGCUUCGUCCCCUGCGACUGGUACUACUAGUACUACUAUGACUUCCCCGGGCAACGAGACACCCACUACUCCUACCCCCGCUACUCCCGAGAAGAGAAAGCGUGGUCGACCCCGCAAGAACCCUGUUGCUGGGGGUGGUGAAGCUAAGACUUCUUCUACUACUACUAAUACUGUCGCGGCUGCUGGUGCUGCUAAGAAGCCAAAGGCUAAGCGGGCUAAGAAGGCUGAUGGUACUGCUACUGCUACUGCUGCGGUUAUUAAGAAUGAGGAGGUUAGCGAUGAUGAUAAUGAUGUGCUUUCCGAGAUUGGUGUUCCCGAGACUCCUGGGGCUGAGGAGGGUGGUGAGGAGGUGCAGGAGAGUCCGGUUGUUAAGGGUGAGGAGGAGGAUGAUGCUUGA